AUGAUAAUCAGCUCCAGGCUCAAGUGGCCUGUAAGGACAAAGCCAUCCUCCACCACGUGGGGCCUCCUCCUGCUGGCAGGCCUGUGCUCCCUGGUACCUGGCUCCCUGUAAGCAUCCAAGCAUGAUCAAAAUCUCGAUCAGCACCCACCCCUCCCCAACAUAACCCCCAACCUGGCUGACCUCGCCUUCAGCCUGUACCGUGAGCUGGCCCAUCAGUCCAACACCACCAACAUCUUCUCCCCAGUAAGCAUUUCUAUAGCCUUUGUGAUGCUCUCCCCUGGGACCAAAGGUGACACUCACAUCCAGAUCCCCCAGGGCCUCAAUUUCAAUUUCAAGGAGACAGUUCAGACUGAUAUCCACAAAGGCUUACAACAUCUCCUCGACAGCCUCAACCAGCCAGACGACGAGUUGCAGCUGACCACCAGCAAUAUACUACUCAUUGAUGAGAAUCUGAAGCAAGUGCAUAAAUUUUUAGAGGAUGUCAGAAAGCUGUACCACUCACAAGCCUUCUCCAUCAACUUUGGGAACAUUGAAGAGGCCAAGAAAGAGAUCAACAAGUUUAUAGAGAAGGGAAUCCAAGGAAAAAUGGUGGAUUUGGUCAAUGAGCUUGACAACGACACAAGUCUUGCUCUGGUGAAUUACAUUUUCUUUCACAGCAAAUGGAAGGAUAAAUUUGAGGCUGGGCACUUGAUGGAAGAAGACUUCCAAGUGGACAAGAAGACCACCGUCAAGGUUCUCACGAUCCACCGCCUGGGCCUGUUUGACGUGCGCCGCAUCGAUGUGCUCUCCUCCUGGGUCCUGCUGCAGCAUUACCAGGGCAAGGUCACCGCCUUCCUGAUCAUGCCUGAUCCCGGGAAGAUGCAGCAGCUGGAGGACAUGCUCUCUGAGAAGCACCUCUCCAACAUCCUCAGACUCAUUGACCGACGUUUGGCCAAUAUACGCUUGCCCAAACUGUCCAUUUCUGUAAACUACAAUCUGUUAAAUGUCCUGGGCAAACUGGGCAUCACCAAGGACUUCAGCAACCAGGCUGACCUCUCAGGGGUCGCUGAGGAAGCAGCCCAGGUGGUAUCCGAAGCCCUGCAUAUGGCUACAUUGACCAUCAAUGAGAAUGGGUCAGAACCAUCUGGGAACACUCCUUUGAGAGACAGCGGCUGGUAUAGGCAUCUGACCAUCAGGUUCAACAGGCCCUUCUUAGUCAUUGUCAAAGAUGAAAGCACCAACAUUCCCCUCUUCAUGGGAAAGGUGAUGAAUCCCACGCAAAAAUAA